AAACCUUUGGUGACCUACAAAAUUUUCCAGGUCCCACCCCCUAAGCCUAAGCCAUGGAUUUUGCGGAUUAUCUAACUCCGCCGCCCGAGGAGCGAAUAAUCCGUAGCCACAAUCUUAACAACGAGCAGCUCAAGGACCUAGAAACUGCCUUUUCACUAUUCGACCAUGAAAAGGCCGAGGUAAUUCCCAUGAAAGAAUUGAGGCCCCUCUUGCGGAGCAUAGCCUACCAUCCCACGGACCUGGAACUGCAGGAUAUCACCAACGAAAUCGAUCCGGAGGGCUUGGGGGAGCUAUAUCUCAGCGACUUCCUGUACAUAAUGUCGCAGAGGUAUGCAAAUAUGACCCCCGAGGACGAGAUCAUUGCUGCUUUCAGAGUCUUUGACUUAGAGGGAACUGGGUUUAUUCCUGAAUCAGAGUUUCGCCAUAUUAUGACAAAUCUGGGCGAGAAAAUGACCGAGGAUGAGAUUGAGGAAAUAAUUCGGGAUGCCGACUCCAACACUGAGGGAAACAUCGACUACGUUCGUUUCGUCAACAUGAUGUCCGAGUCAUAAGGAACCUUGGCAAGCUUUGCUUUAGGGGGCUGGGAAUCUGGAUAUUUCAGUCUCAAAAUCUUUUCCGGCCGGUAGCCUUCAUAAAUUCCAAAACUUCUCCCCAUAUCUCCAUAACAGCCGUGAGCUUCCUGGAAAAUACACACCCCUGGGAUAAAUACUUUUUAGAUACAUUUUAAUCAUGAGCGACCUAACAGAGGAACAGGUGGCCGAGUUCAAGGAAGCCUUUAUACAGUUCGACAAGGAUGGCACCGGCAAGAUCUCCACCCGAGAACUGGGGGCCGUGAUGCGUGCCCUGGGCCAGAAUCCCACCGAGUCCGAGCUGCAGGACAUGAUCGCGGAAAUUGACAACGACCCGAAUGGCCAAAUCGACUUCAACGAAUUCUGCUCAAUGAUGGCCAAGCAAAUGCGGGAAACGGACACCGAGGAGGAGAUGCGCGAAGCCUUCAAGAUCUUCGACCGCGAUUGCGACGGAUUCAUCUCACCGGCUGAGCUCCGAUUCGUGAUGAUCAAUCUGGGCGAGAAGGUCACUGACGAGGAGAUCGACGAGAUGAUCCGCGAGGCCGACUUUGACGGUGACGGCAUGAUCAACUACGAGGAGUUCGUCUGGAUGAUUGGCCAGAAAUAGCGGAUCAAUUCAUUUUACAUUUUACCAAAAUAAAACUAACACGAGGUCACUGUUAAAUGGAUCUUUUAAUUCCAUA